UGAUUUCCGUCCAGUCGGUAUCCAAAUCUCACAUCAUGUUCGUUAUUUGUCAAUUGUUGGUCUAGAAAUUUUUGUUGUUUUCCGAUUGCGAAAGAUUUUUAUCUUUUCGCGCUGAGCACUCCUCCGGCAAAAGGCACGCAAAAUUCAAUGUUCGGUUAGGAUCGGGAGCCCGCCCUUGGAGUGUACUGGAGAGGAACAGGAGGAGCUGGAACAGCAGCCGCCUUUUGCAUUCCCGUGUACGUUGACGUCUGAGGUACUGCUUUUGUUGGAGGGUAAAGGCAUUUGUGGACAACUAUGUGAGAGCAACAGAAACAGCAGCAACAGCAGGAGUGGCCGGAGACAGCAGCCAGGAAGGAGUGGAGGCAGCUUCGCCGCCAGAAGCCGUGCAAAAAGGAGACUCCAAAGAAGACGAAGCUCCUCCUUUGAGAUGGCCAUACACGAGCAGAUCGACAACCUGAACAUCUGGUGGUUCCCGCGCGACUUCUGCCAGUCGAGAUUCGGGGAGUACCAGCAGAGCGGCACCAACUCGUGCACCCUCAUCUCGCUGCUCCUGGCCGACAAGGUGUCCAAGGCGGAGAGGUUCUACCACCGGGUAUCGAAUCUGCCGCAGCGUGGCUGGGAGAUGUUCGGCAAUGCCAUGAACGAUGGCAACAGUGUCUACCACAAUGUCAUCUCGGCCAACACUCCGCAUGCGCGCAACCUCAAUCUGAACAUCCCGGACGCCAUUGCGGCCAUCCGGACGCAGCACAAGAUGAACUUCCGCCUGGAGGAGUGGUUCUACACUCACAUGGAGGCGGACACCUCCAGUCCCAUGUACAACCGGAACGUGGCCGUGCAGCUGUCCCGCAUCUUCCAGAUCACCCUGCAGGUCUUCCAGCAGGCCAUCGGCCAGAGCACGCCCCCCCAUCUGUUCGCAGCCAUUAUUGCGGACAGUCGUACGGUGAUGGUCACCUUCGAUUUUCGUGCCUCAAUCGUCGCCCUCUUCGACUCCCAUCAACAUGGUCGCGAUGCGGGCGCCGUGUUUGCCCAGUGCACCCUCCAGAAUAUGGACGAUCUGCUCUUCUGGUUCAUCAGCAUGCUGCACAACGUCUACUCGAGUCGUCCCGCCCUCUUCGAGAUCUCUUUUCUCAGCUCUCAGCCGGGAGUGGCGAAGCGUAUUCCGCCGGCCAUCAAGAAGAUUGCGGGUGACCUCAAAAAGCCCACCAAAAACCAUACGGCAUCGUAGCAAAUGGACCGCAGAUGUAGAACCCCAGUGUUUACCCCCAUGUCUAACAUCUGGCAUCUGGGAGCGGGCUCAACCCAAAAUUUAUCAAGUCAAAAGUUCCAAAAUAGCAAAAUCAAAGAUUUCAGGCCUUUAACCAAAUUCCAAAUUCCACAGUGACCUUCAAUAAACAAAUAACGAACAUCA